CGGAGCGUCCGGGGCUCGUCGAGAAAUAAGGAAUGCGCCGCGAGGCCGAGGCAGCUCGGACGUGACGGUGGCAGCUCAUCGCGGUGGAACGGAGCAGCUCGUGAGCGAUUCGCCCCCAGGGUCGUCGACGCGGGACGAGUACGAGGUUGGAAUUCUCUCUCGGGCGCCGCGGGCUGGUCGCGCGGAGGUUAUAAACAUCUGAUCGCUGGUAUCCGGACGCUAUGAGGACUCACUUGGACAAGGCGAGGAUCGCGACCCGGAGACGGGAAACAUAUGGAGGCAGUUGCGUGCGCGCGGCCAAGUGCACCGACACGAGUAAACGCGCUGCCCGCGCGGCGUUAAGCGUGCCUGCUCCCGGCCCGAUCAGCCUCUGACUCAGCCUCCUGGUGAACGGGGCGGAUUCAGUCUCCCCCGAGUAAUCCGCCAAGCGGGGCACACGCGGAACUUGGCGAUCGGCCGUGCAGGACGUUCGAGGAUUAGCGCGGGGGAAUCGAACGAGAUUUAUAGUCAAUGCGUAUAUCGAGUGAUAUGCGGGUAUACAUGUAAAGUGCUCACAUUCCGCGACCUAUUCUAACAUGACAUAAUUGUUAGUCAAGUGCCAGUGCAAGUGUCAAUACAAAGUUGAAGAUAAUCAUGCUGUACAACGACGAAUGGCAUACGUAGUAAUACACGAGGCGGAUGAUUAUAUGCUAGAUUAGUAGGAUAAAAGUGGAAAAGAGAGAACAAUGUCAGUUCCUUCCUGCUCAACAAGUGGAGUAGACAAUGAGGUCACCGAGGAGCCAGCAGCCUACGAGAAAUGGGAACGUUUCAGGAACUGGGUGCAUUGUAUAUGCAUCGUCACCUUCGAUCUUGAGCUGGGCCAAGCUAUAGAGGCAAUCUAUCCGAGUCAUGUGAAGCUGUCGGAGCAGGAGAGAUCCAAUGUCUGUUACCUAGCCUUUCCCGACUCCAAUUCCGGAUGUAUGGGAGAUACUCAGUAUCACGUAAGAAUAAGGCAGAGCGGCAAAAUGGUGCAGGAGACCAACGCUAUCAAGGAAUACGAUAGGAAAUCACCGUCUUUUCUACAAACCGAUAGAGAUUAUUACUGGGGAUACGUGUAUUUCCGACAGGUGAAGGACAAGUCGUUGCCAAGGGGGUACUUUCAGAAGAGUGUUGUCAUAAUUACAAAACUGCCGUUUGUCAAUCUGUUCGGUGAGGUGUGCGCUCUGAUCGCGCCGGAAUUUUUCGAGGCCGGCACAGCGCUCAUGGAAGCUGUGGUGCGCGAGAUCGAUCACUGGCCCCCUCCGGCCUCGGGCCAGAUAGUUCACUUGCCUCUUAUCGGAGUGUUGUUCCAGACAUACAUCCCGAACCAAAAUUACAAAGCCGCUGUUCCAUCGAUCGCUGCCAUGGAGCACGCACCGAACAGUCUGCGCGAGCCGCGAAGACUGAUGCUGACGUCAGCCUACGAGGGCGACAUGUUUCGGAGCCUGGCCAGUGUUGUUAGCUACGUGCAUUUACUGUGGGAACUGGUGCUUCUUAGCGAGCCAAUCGUUGUAAUGGCAGGCUCGCCGACCACAUGUUCCGAGAUGGUUCAAGCGCUUAUAGCUAUGAUCGCGCCGUUGAAGUACUGUGCCGAUCAUCGCCCGUAUUUCACUAUUCACGACUCGGAAUUCAAAGAGUACACCACGGACUCCCCGUCGCCGCCCGCUGUGAUCCUAGGCGUGACGAAUCCAUUCUUCGCCAAGACCCUGCAACACUGGCCGCACAUCAUCCGGAUAAGCAACGGCAGCAACAGCGAGGAUCAAAAGUAUAAGAUCAAGAGAUCGGAAAAUCUGAAGGUGCUGGACUCAAAGCCGGGCGUUUACACUCAGUACAAACCCUUCCUGCAAAAGGACAAAACUAUACUGAAGAAACUGUUCAGGGGCAUUCAGACGAAACGGCCGGGCGAAGUGCAGACCGCGCUCUUGAAACGUCACCUGAUCGAGCUGACGGAGAGCUUCAUGAUUCCGCUCGAGAGAUACAUCGCGACCCUCAUGCCACUGCAGAAGAACAUAUCCCCCUUCAAGGCAACCCCUACACCACAAAUGUUCAAUCCAGAUGACUUCCUAGCUAGCUUAAGUAGCUCCGGUCCCCAAUUAACUACAGGCAUUAAAGGGGACUGGGUAGGAUUGUACAAACGAUUCUUUCGAUCGCCGAACUUCUCCGGAUGGUUCCACACAAGAUACAUGGAGCUGAGUCAGCAGUUGCAAGUCAAACAGUUGGAGAAAUUGUCGCAGGCGGAUUUGAAAACGUGGGUGCAAGGGAAACAAGAGGUGGAAAUAGUCGACAUGAUUCUUAGAAUUCGCCAGAAGUUGGAGAGAAGCUGCAUCGAUGACGUACCAAUCGAUAAUUCGGUAAGAAAGAGACUGCGAGAGAGAAUGAACGACAUCACGCAUGUAUUGCCGGAUGAUUUAAAGGUAAUUUUAAGACACGAAUCUUGACAGUACGAGUAUGUUAUUAAUUACAAAACUCGUUAACGUUUAUAUUUAUGUAUUUCUAAGAGCCGGGUUCGUAUUUAAGUCAACUCAAAAAGACGUAAUGUGUAAGAUGAUUUUAAUGCUCUGUCUCCUUCCUACUAACGUAAAUGAACGAGCGAGAAACGUAUCGCGCAGUUACAGCAAUGAAAUUGCAUUGUGCUAAAAGAGAAUUAUACGUACUUUAAUCUGCAACUCGAAAUACUCGCCGCAGACGGGUCGACGAAGUAAAUCCAUUGUGUAUGUAACAGAAAUUAGUCGUGGAAACAUUUUCUUACGUAGGCAUAUGUAAAUCACUUAACCCUUUGAGUACGUAACAAUACUGAAUGUCCAACGUGGCCGGCACUCGACUGGUAAUAAGAAACACGAUGUUCUUUUUCACAUCGAGCUUAUCGAGAGAUUAUGCGACACGUAACUGAAUUUACUAAAAAUACUUGUCUUUCCCGCGAACUUAUUACUCUACUUCUGAUAUUAUUUAUUUAUUUAUACAUAUUUAUAUAUAUAUAAAUUUAUUUAUACGUAAAUGAACUCAUGGAUAAAUUAGAAAGGAAGUACGUUGAACGCGCCCACGGUAUUCAAAGGGCUAAGUACUUCAACGCUUUUAUACUCGGAACAUAUUUCGUAAAUUCAUGUGAUCUUCGCUCCGUUAAGCUUGACUGAUUGUAGACUCACUUGAUUUUCCUUCAUAAUGCCAAUUCGAUAGCUUCCAUUCUCGACCAAGUCAUUCCGAUCAAUGAUUUUGUAUACGCGGCGAUCUGUUUUGUCAUCAAGUAUCUGUCAUACUCUACUUGGAGGCAGUGAGCGUCAAUAAUAAUUGUAAUCUCAUGGAAAUAGGCAUGAAUUUCAAAUGGAACAUGUGAGAUUGAAAAUGUUAAGCUGUGUACAUACAUUUUUAAGAUCUGUAAAUAUGGGUACAAACAAUGCGUAUAUAAUAAAAAUUUAUUUUAAUAUAUA